AUCUCUGCUGAAGGUGGCAAAUGUAGCACAGGGUCUUAAUGCCUUCGUGUUGAUCAAUGAUACGCAUCAGUUCCGCUCGAUCAGUUGACUAAGACGGCUUUCUCAGUAACAUUUUGCGAAACCUAAAAAAGGAGAAGUAAACUCAGAUUGUCUAACACAUGGAGAAAUGUGUCCCAGAUGCUGACAUUUAUUACAGAGCUCCGAGUGGAAGAUUUCACUUUGGCUGUCUUUCUUCAGUCUUCUAUUUUUACAAUAUUUGCCUUUGAUUAUUGAUUGCACGGACAACCGGAGCAGUUUCAAGUAAUCACCGAACCGUUUCUCUUGGUCCACUCCAUUGGUUGAGCCUUCCGUCAUGGCUCGGUACCUGGGUUACUUCAGCACCGUGGGCGAUGCUCAGCCGGUCCAGUGGGAGGAUGAAGAAGAGCUGCACGUUAAGAGCGAGGAGCUGGGUUCGGCCACUGGUCAGUUUCCAACAAAGCUGACGUUCAGGGAUUCACUGCGGGGGCUCUACGGAUCGGAGCGGUUCCAGGUGUUGGUGGUGUGUCUGGUAAUCCUGGACGCCAUCUUUGUUCUUGCAGAACUGCUUAUAGAUCUGUCUGUGAUCCAGUUGGAACAUGGUCACCUUGCUCCUGAGGUGUUCCACUACCUGAGCUUGGCUCUUCUCUCAUUCUUCAUGAUGGAGCUGGUUGGUAAGCUCUACGCUUACCGCAUUGAGUUCUUUCAUCACAAGUUUGAGAUGUUUGAUGGAGCCGUGGUGGUGGUUUCCUUUGUCCUGGACAUUGUGUUCAUCUUCCAUGAGGAUGCCUUUGAUGGGAUGGGUCUCCUUAUCUUGCUGCGACUCUGGAGGGUGGCUAGAAUCAUCAAUGGUAUCAUGGUGUCAGUGAAAACUCGUGCAGACCAGAGGAUUCACAAGCUAAAGGAAAGCUAUGACCACCUUGUUCAAAGAGUCACAGAGCUACAGGAGCGCAGUGAUAAACUGGAACAAGAAAACCAGAAACUGCAAGCCCUCCAGAAGGAGAAAAGCAUAGUCUAACUCCGUAGGCAUACUCUUGGGGCACACCUACUUCUCUGCACUAUACCCAAAAUACAGAUAUCCUAAAAUAAAAGUUAAGAGUGUAUCAUUGGAACAUUAUAGUGAUAGAAACCAAUUAAAUGAAUAUCUAAUGAAUGUC